AUGGAUAGUUUCGCUAAUAUUAUUAUUAAAUCAUAUAGUACAGUUAAUUUUCUACCACUAGUUCAUCAAAUUCUCCCUGCUCUUUUUGGAUAUUAUUCAUCUUACGAACAACUUGAAUUAGCGACGCAACUCUAUACGAAAGUCAUUGAAACUGCACCUUCCAAGCUCAUUGUUGAGCUUUUAUUCCCUUUACUUAACUCAAGCGUUACUUUUCGUUUUGUUGAGCAAGCAAUGACGAGUUAUUACGAUAAUUUUACAGGAAAUUUCGAAUUCAUUAAAGAAUCCGAUGCCAAAAACUUCGGAACUUCAUUUGGUUUCCUUUUGAUUCAAUCUGCAAUUUCUUCAUUACCUUUGUUGCCAUCUCAAGUUCUAAACUUAUUAAAACAAUUUUUCAACGCAACUACAAAGAAAGAUGACUUCACAAAUCUAUUUUUGAAACAUUUCAUUUUUUAUCAAGCCCAAUUAUGGCUAAAUCACCUCUUCGUGCAAGUAUCACCUUCUCUUAUGAUGAUUGUUUUCAAUGAAGCCAUUAACAUGAAAACUGAAAUUGGAAAAUUAUUUGAAAGUUUAAUGUCAACGGAAAGUGUAUAUGAUUUGACGAAGUUUUAUACAAAGGAUGGUAUUGCGACACCUGCAGUUGUGUUUUCUGUUAGCGAAAUCAUACAAUGCGCUACAAUUUUAGACAAAUUAAAUUUUCUUCCUUCUUCUAUCUCGUUAUCCGAGUUUACUUCAAUUAGUCAGGGUGUUUAUAACAAUAUUGUAUUGUGUCAGUUCUUUUUACCUCCUAAUUUCCAAGUAAAAGACGAAAUUUCUUUAGAUCCACUGAUUUUCUCAAAAUCAAUGGUAAAUAUACCAGAGAAUGACGAAUUCAAGAAUCCUGAUGUCCUUGCAAUGCGUCUGCAUGCAUUAGAAGUGAAAUUCAAGGAUUCAGAGAAAAAUAGUAUUUUUAAUUUCAUUGAAACGAUGGAUCGGGGCAAAGAAGAGCUUAAAGAGUUUGCAUACAAAAAGUACUUAGAGAAUUUAUCAGAUUGUGGCCAGAUUUUUGAGAAAUUCAUGAGAAUUGAAAGGAAGAAUCAAAUGAUCAUUGAUUUUUCAGAAAUUAUCACAUUUUAUGAGGAAAUCAUCUAUAAUAAUUAUAUCGAUAAGAAGUAUUCCGCUCCAGAUGCCGUUCUUACUGAAAUUUCCAGCAAAAUUUCCUCAAUAGGUCUUAAAAAACACGCAAUUCUCGCUGCUUCAGAGACCUACAUCAAGAAGAACUUCGAGAGUGAGCAGAUGAUCCUCAACCAAGUCGAUCUCCGCUUCAACGACCUGAUUUUGAACAAAUACGUCGUAGAAAGAAAAAGGCCAUUGUUCAAAGGAAAGGUUUUGAAGCAGUGCAUCUCACAGCUGAGGGGAUUGGAUAGAUGUACCCUUUAUUUGUCAUUUAAUAAGCUUAUGAAAAUUAUAUCGAUACUCUCAGUUUUCGAAGAUUACAAUGAUUCUCUUGAAUUAUUCCCUCAACUCAUCGAUAUGACAGGGGAAAAUCACUUUUUAUCAAAGGUCAUCACACUUAAUGUUGUUGCUAUGAAAAAUUAUUUGAUUUUACCCAAUUUUUCUCAAGAUGAAAUAUCGAAAUGGAAUUUCCUCGAAAAGUUGUUAUACGACAUCGUCAAAAUCGACAAAUGGUUGUCCGAUGCAAUCUUACAGACGCAAGAGCUUCUCACAAUGCGAAUGGAGUAUUUCGUUGUAUAA